CAGCGGCAGGCGCCCAGGAUGCCCGAGGAGCGCGGCUCUGUCCCACCAUGUCAGUCUCCAAACUGCAGGAUGUGGAUGAGGUUUUUGAUUUUACCGCUGUGGUUCCAGAGACGCCGCGCCUGGACACGAGCCUGCAGAAGGCCCGAGCCCGGCUCCUGGCCAAGGGCCGCCGCCACCGGCCCUCCCGCUCCCGCCUGCGAGACAGCGCCAGCUCUGAGGGUGACGAGGGCCCCGAGGCGGAGGGGCUGGUGGGCACCCCCUCGCCCAAGUCCUGCCACAGCUCCGACAGCUCGCCCGGCUUUGCCCGCCGUGACGCUCGGCUGCAGCGGCACAGUGAAGAUGACAGCCGGGACAUGAGCCCCCCCGAGCCGGCCAGUCCCACCGUGGGCCUCGACAAGAAAACACGGAGGAAGUUCUUGGAUCUGGGGGUGACCCUGCGCCGGGCGUCCUCCAGCAAGAGCCGGAAGGAGAAGGGCAGCAACCGGCUGUCCAUGGGCGGCAGGGAGGCAGCGGAGGGGCCCGGCCGCCCCUCGGGCUCACCCUUCCUGCCCUUCUCCUGGUUCUCGGACAGCGUGAGGGGCUCGGCCUCCCCAGGCUCUGCAUCACCCGCUGGCUCCCCCCGGCACGAGGGGCUCAGCCCUGCCAAAUCGGCCUCCCAGGACUCGACGCUGAGUGAGGAAUCCCCACCGCCCAGUGCCAGCCCGCGCCUGCCCGGGCCCCCGGCCACCAAGUACUCCUACCCCUAUCACACCCUCUCACAGUCCUCGGAUGAGUUCCUGGAUGAGCCCCCCGGUGCGGCUGCGGGCUGGACGUGCCGGCAGGUGGGACAGUGGCUGGAGAGCCUCAACCUGGAGCAGUACGUGGAAGAGUUCUCGGCUCAAGGCAUCGAUGGGCCACGGCUCCUGCACCUUGAUGGUGCCAAGCUCAAGGCGCUGGGCGUGGGCAGCGCGCAGGACCGCGCCGUGCUGAAGCGGAAGCUGAAGGAGCUGAGCGUGGCUGUGGAGAAGGAGCGCAAGGCCCAGGAGAAGGCGGAGAAGCAGCGGGAGAAGCAGAAGAAAAAGGACCAGGAGCAGCAUCAGAGCUAAAGGGAGGGGCUGGGAGCGCCCCUGCACCCCCUCCCCACCCACAGCCCCCCCAGGAUACCUGGGGGACACCCAGCUCCGGCACGGGACACGCCGCCGCGGCCAAGGGACGGCGGUGCCAGGCUGAGAUGGGCACGGAGCGGCACGUGCCCCCAUCCUCCAGCCGCCCCCUCCCUGCCUGCACCCCCGCACCCCACGGGCACAGUCCAGGGCCUCCAUGGGCCCAUUUUCCGGAUGCAAAUGGCACAUUAGACCCCCCCCCCCCCCAAGCCCCUGUCCCAUCACCCCCUUACCCUGAGGGGUCCAGGAGGUCACAGCCACCCCUCUCAUCCCAGCCCCCCGGCGUGGCGCAGCCCCAGCUGAGGACAGUGCAUGGCCUCACCUGCUCCAGACACGCACAUCCCCCAGCUGGGGUGUGGGGAGUGAACGCUGAACCCCCUCCCUGCCUCCCCACCCCAAAUACAGACCCUGGGGGCACCCCAGGAAAUAAAAGGGUAUUGAGGGCCAGUGCAAA